AUGGCUACUUGGGUAUACCCGCCGCUACCUCCGCAGCAGCUGGAACGGGAGGCUGAUAGUGCAUUGGCCAGGGAAUUAGAAUGGUUACUGCGUUCCCUGCAAGACUCACUCGCCUCCCUAAGGGAAGGCCUGCAUGAAUGCGCUGCGCUUCUUGCCCCUAAAGAACCAGGCUCAACAUUGGUUGUAUCCUCUGUACGAUCCGAGAUCGUGAAAGGCUUCAUAACAAGGGUUGGAACGGAAAUCGUGAAAGGCGAUAUUCAACUACGCCUUGGUUCCCUUGCUCCUGCGCGUGGCUCCCCAACGACUCGCUUAUGUUUGUCGAACUCGCCCGAUGCUCCAGAGCUUGUGCUACAUCAGUUAGUUUCGGUGAGGAACUUGGUCAACCAGAGUCUCGAUGUGGUUGAUGUCAGCACUUGGACUGGCGACCCGCUCAAUGCAAGUUUUAUAUAUGGACAGCUGCGUUUACUAUAUGAAACUCUGUCCGAGGCUCGGCAGAUGUUGAAGGGCGAGAGUGAUCAAAUCAGGGGCAAGUGGUGGGAGACAAGUGCGCUUGAGGAUAUGUUUGACCCACCGUUGCCGCCAAACCUUUCGUUCCAUCUAUCCAUCGCCGAUUCUGCCCUCGUCUUGUACCUGAGGACGCUCGAGUCUAGCACACCCACACAUACUCCAACAGCUUUUGCCACCGACAUUUCUUUGACCGGGUUCAAUUUGCGAGACCGUUUGUUUGGAACUCGACACCGUGCGCAUGAUGAGGCCGGAGAUGUUUUUACAUGGAAGGGGGACGAGGUCAAAACUGCUACUGGAUACUCAAUCGGCGGUUUCAAAAAUGGACGGCGAUAUGCAUCGACGGUGCCCCCCGCAGAUGGCAAUGUCAAUACGGAUCGGAAGGACGCUGUCUACAACGUGAUCGACAAGAUUGAACAGAAUGAGAUGGAAAUGGCUGAGCUUAUGGAUGAGCUGAGCCUGUUGGACGACUACUGGGAAGCUCUUAACCUUGAUGGUCCGGAACUUGAUCAUGCAUUUAGCGAGACGAUCGGCCAUCGGGACCAGGAGACUUUAGAAGCGCGCGUACAGGAGGCGAGACAGGUGUUUGGGGACACUCUGCCCGAUGGAUUUCUAAACGACACUGAGUUGCAGUUAUACACCCGGCUGUAUGGCGAGCCGAUCAUUCGCCAGGAGGAGUUGGAGCUUGAAGUGGAGGAAGAUGAGAAGGACCCCGAUGUUUUAUACCGUGAAGAUGGCCAGGGAGGAUGGGAAGCAGUCGAUUUUGAGCAGGCUGAGUCAGAGGAUGAACCACCUAUGGUUUAUGAUAUGGAGGCCGGCCCGGUCGAGGAUGAAUCUAUCGCCAUGCAACGGACAAGGGAAGUGGCGGAACAGCUCGGCGGAGAAAUCAUGCUGGAGCAGUUCGAAGAAGAAGCAAACCCCGACGACACGCCUCGACUGCAUCCUCUGACUGUGGAAGGGAAGUUCUCUACUGAUCCCAGUACUGUUUUCCUGCCCAAGGAUACAGUAACUGGACCUAUUUCCAUCAUUCUGUCCGACUACUCCAAUAAGCAUAUUGCGGAUGUUGCCCAUCGCACCUUUGGUGGUACGCGCCUGCCUUAUUCUACUACCACCCCCCCACCACGCGCACAGAUGCCUCAGCUUCCUAUCCCGCUAGACGCUUCCCAGCGGCACAUGACAGAAAUGGAGGCGAAUGCAUACAUUGCGGCCCUGUACCCUGGAAUGUAUACAUCUAUACUGAGCACCCUGGUCGAGGUCCGAAAGCGCUUGGGCACGGAGUGGUUGCGUGGGCUCAUCUCGAAAGAAGAUGGCCCGCAUAUCCUUGAUGCCAGUGCUGGUGGUGCCGGUGUUCUUGCAUGGCGAGAUGUCGUUCGUGCAGAGUGGGAGUCUAUGGUCCCAGACCAUCCCAAGGCAAGUCCGUAUCCUGUGGGUAGAUCGACUGUCGUCACUGGUUCGGAUGCCCUUCGAAUGCGUGCUAGUUUAAUGUUGGAGAACACCUCGUUCCUACCACGCUUGCCUGACUAUGUUCACAUCCGCGAGAAACCUACUCUAGAUGAUGAGAGAGCUCCUCCAAAGCGAAAACAGUACGAUAUUAUCGUGGCUCCCCAUAGCUUGCUCGGUAUAGAGGAGGAAUUCCUACGCAAAGAGCACGUGGAGAACCUGUGGAAUCUCCUCAACCCUGAGGGCGGUGUUCUGAUCCUUCUCGAGAAGGGACACCAGAAAGGAUUCGAAGCAAUUGCCGCAGCCCGUGAGAUGAUUCUUAAGCGUCUCGUAUCAAGCCCUGGCUCUACAGAAUAUACCAACUUCACGGAGUCGCCAAUUGAGGAUUCACAUAUUGAGAAAGAACCUGGAAUGAUCGUUGCGCCCUGCACUAACCAUGAGAAAUGCCCCAUGUUCAACACCCCAGGUCAUUCCAAGGGACGCAAAGAUUAUUGCCAUUUCCAGCAAAGAUAUAUCAGACCAUCAUUCCUCCAGCGUAUCUUGGGAGCCAAGGAUCGGAACCACGAAGAUGUGAAGUUCAGUUAUAUCGCUGUACAACGUGGCGUGGACUUGCGUGAGACGAAAGGUAUUGUACAAGGCCCAGAAGCUACCGAGGCGGCCUUUGCUGGCUAUGAAGAUCUACACGAAACAGCUGUAGAAGAGCCGGAAGCAUCAGACGAAGCUACUGGUUCUCAGACUGAGGCAAGCGAGCAGGUGAAGCCCGAGAACUUCCACACCUUGUCUCUUCCUCGUAUUGUGUAUCCCCCAAUGAAACGCCGCGGACAUGUCAUCUUUGAUUUCUGUACGCCUGCUGGAAAGAUUGAGCGCUGGACUGUUCCCCGCUCCUAUAGCCGUCGGGCAUAUAAAGAUGCUCGCAAGUCAAACUGGGGGGAUCUGUGGGCUCUUGGUGCAAAGACACGCAUCCCUAGAGGCCUGAGACUCGGUGAUAAGCACGGCGAAGGCAAGAAAGAACGUUUGGCUAGGCGGGCAGCCCUCAGGGCCGAAUUAGCCGAGGAAGGUGAACUUGAGCAGCAGUCUGAGGGUUCUGAUUGGCCUGAGGUGCCAAUUCCGCAGAGAAAGAAGGGUCAAACAAUCCCUAGCUGGAAGAAGCAUGCGGACAAGAAGAAGCUUCGUUUGGCACAAUUCAUCGGCUGGCGGGAAACAUAA